UGGCUGAAAGUCGAAAUUUCAACUAACAUUUGGAUUUAGCUUAUUUGUUUGAGUUGAAACCAACCACCACCGUGAUCGAAAUGGAAGGUAACUUGAAAUGAGAUCACACUGAUUCCCAAUUUCUGCAAUUUCUUCGUAAUUUUACGAAGGAAGUUGAGGGAUUUGAUGGCUCCAUUGAAGGAGGUGGCGACUUACACUUUCAGGCCAUUGUUCUUAACGAUCUACGCCACCGUCGUUAUCGGAAUCGUAGUUUCUUCAAUUUAUGUCUUCUCCGCAGUUUUCUCCGGCUCCAACUCCCUCUUUUCCUCCUCCUGGGUUGCGUCCCGCGACGGCGCCAAUGAAUCACAUUCAAUAUCCUUCGAUUCUGCAUCUGAUUCUUCCAAUUACUCAGUGGCUGGUGUGGCACUGGCACCUGAUAACACAUCUGAACAUAGAAAAGAACCUCUGCAACCUAUUUGGAAGGUUCCUCCUUCUGGUACCAAAAUGCCACCUUUGGAGACUUUUAAAUUGACAAAGGAACUGGUUGGGAAAAGGGUGAAAGAUAAUGUUAUAAUUGUGACAUUUGGAAAUUUUGCCUUCAUGGAUUUCAUCUUGGGUUGGGUUAAACAUUUGUCAGAUAUGGGUGUUGACAACCUUCUCGUUGGUGCAAUGGACAUAAAAUUGUUGGAGGCUCUUUAUUGGAAGGGUGUUCCAGUUUUUGAUAUGGGUAGUCAUAUGAGCACAUUAGAUGUUGGAUGGGGCUCUCCAACAUUUCAUAAGAUGGGUAGAGAGAAGGUUAUUCUGAUAGAUUCUUUCUUACCUUUCGGCUUUGAGUUACUGAUGUGCGACACUGACAUGGUUUGGUUAAAGAACCCCCUUCCUUAUCUUGCACGUUUUCCUGAAGCAGACGUGCUGACUUCUACUGAUCAAGUUGCACCAACAGUAGUAGAUGACCGAUUGGAUGACUGGAAACUAGCUGGUGCGGCCUACAACAUAGGAAUCUUUCACUGGAGACCAACUCCGUCUUCAAAAAAAUUAGCAAAAGAAUGGAAGGAAAUGCUUUUAGCAGAUGAUAAGAUAUGGGAUCAAAAUGGUUUCAAUGAGAUUGUCCGCAGGCAGCUGGGUCCAUCUGUUGAUGAUGAAAGUGGACUUGUAUAUGCUUAUGAUGGAGAGCUUAAGCUAGGCCUUCUCCCCGCAAGUAUAUUUUGUAGUGGACAUACUUACUUCGUCCAGGCCAUAUAUGAACAACUAAGACUGGAGCCGUAUGCUGUGCACACCACAUUCCAGUUUGCUGGUACUGAAGGAAAACGUCAUCGAUUACGUGAAGCUAAGGUUUUCUAUGAUCCUCCGGAGUAUUACGAUGCCCCAGGAGGAUUUUUGACAUUUAAACCUAAUAUCCCCAAGAAUUUGAUGUUAGAUGGAGAGCAUAACCUUGACUCUCACUUUGCUCUUGUCAAUUACCAAAUAAAGCAGAUACGAACUGCUCUUGCCAUUGCUUCAUUGUUGGGUCGCACAUUGGUAAUGCCUCCACUAUGGUGCAGGUUGGAUAGGCUGUGGUUUGGACAUCCAGGGGUUUUGCCUGGCACCUUGACAAGGCAACCGUUCAUUUGUCCUUUGGAUCAUGUGUUUGAGGUUAAUAUAAUGUUAAAAGAACUCCCGGUGGAGGAAUUUGGACCAGGGAUUAACAUCAGAGAGUAUUCUUUCUUCGAAAAUCCAUCUAUGCCGCAGCAGGUGAAAGAUUCAUGGCUUGAUGUGCAUCUCUGUCAAGGAGGAACACCGGGUUGUGGAGUUUCAAACAGCACAAAUUCAAACAGCACAAAUCCAGCUGGUAUUCUCAAGUUCCCUAAGCGAAGUAAAGAGGAAACGUUCAAAGCCAUAUUCUCACCAUUGAAGGAUGUCAAAGUGAUUCAAUUCUCAUCGAUGCAAGAAGCCUUCUUAGGAUUCAGUGACAAGGAGAGGGAAGAAAAAUUCAGGAACCGUGUGAAGCGGUAUACAGGCAUUUGGUGUUGUGUGGAGGAUCACACUCCGGGCCACAUAUACUACGACGUGUAUUGGGAUGAAAAGCCCGAUUGGAAGCCAAAACCUCCCCAGACUCCAGAAGAGGAUCAUCCCCCACUCUGAGGCAUGUCAUAGUGUACACUUAUGCUUGCAUUACAAAUCGGAGGAGAAAGAAGAAAGCCCUGAAAUGUUGCAAUCCUAAACCGGGCGGUAGCGUCUUGGUUUGAUGGGCUAUGCAAGUUGAGCUCUCAAAAUUUAUACAUAGGCAGGAGACGACUUUCUUUUUCUUGUUUGCGCCUUUUCCUUUUUUUUUUUUUUUUUACUUUGGUUAGGCUAGUGUUAAAGCUUCUUCUGUAACCUGUAUCUUAGAACAAAUAUAUAAUAAUUUUAUCACAAAAAUGUUGGGCUCAAAUGUAGCUUUGCAAAUAAUUGGAGAUCAAGCGGUUGUAAGUUUUGAUGAGAA